AUGGGAGAAGCCAACGUGUCCCCCUUUUCCGACUGUGGACUGCGCUGGUGUCUCCAGCAGCUGGACAAGGAAGAGUUCCACACGUUCAAGGAGUUGCUGAUGGGAAGCACUUCGGGGCUGGUCCCGGGCUCCUUCCCGUGGAUGGAGGUGGCUGGGGCGGACGCACAGCACCUGGCCUUCCUCCUGCAUGAGCACUGCCGGGCUCUGGUGGUCUGGAGCAUGGCCAUGGACAUCUUUCUCGAGAUGAACCUGCCAGUGCUCUCUCAGAAGGCGAAGGAGGAGAUGGAAAAAUGUUCACUGGCUGAAAUACUACAAGAUUUUACACCCACGAAGACUGACCAAGGAACAAGCAUGGGCCAGCCUUCAGAAAUGUCAAAAGUUAUAAAACAAGAUGAUACCACAGCAGCAAAGACAAAAGACCAAGGCCAAGGAGGUGACAAAGAGAACUACAAACAUCAUGUGAAGAAAAGGUUCGCCACAGUGUCGGGUGUACACCACAGUUUCAAAACCUUUGCCGCUGAUUGUCCACAAAUGCAAAUGUUGUCUGGUGCUUUCGCUCCAGACCAGCAGGGCUUCCGGCCACUCACCGUGGUCCUGCACGGAAGACCGGGGGUCGGGAAGUCGGCUCUGGCCAGAAGAAUCCUGCUGCACUGGGCCCGUGGGGAGCUCUACCCGGGUGUGUUCUCCUAUGUCUUCUUCCUCGAUGCCCGAGACAUACCAUGGAGGAGGAGAAGCAGUUUCACGGAGUUAAUUUCCAGGGAGUGGCCAGACCCUGAAGUCCCCGUGGCAAACAUCAUGUCCCAACCAGACAGGCUCUUGUUUGUGGUCGACGGUUUUGAUGACCUGGACGUUGCCCCCGAAAAUGCUGACCUGAACGUCUGUGACAACUGGACGGAGAAGCGGCCCGUGUCCGACCUGAUGUGCAGUCUGCUGAAGAAGGCCCUGCUGCCCGAGUCCUCUCUGAUCGUCACCGUCAGAGACGAGAGCCUGGAAAAGCUCUGCUCGAUGCUCAUCUCUCCCCGCUACCUCUUCAUUGAAGGAAUCGCGAUGGAGAAAAGGAUCCAGGUGUUCCUCAAGCACGUCAAGAACGAGGACCAGAAAACGCAGGUCCUGCACGAGGUGCUGGACAACCACGUGCUGAUUGACAGGUGCCAGGUGUCCGUCACGUGGUGGCUGCUCUGCCGGGCUCUUGAGCUGCAGACGGCCUCGGGGAAGGGCCUGCCCCCUACCUGCCAGGUCCUCACCGGCUUGUACGCCACCUUCGUGGCCCAUCAGCUCGCCCCUCGAGAUGGCCCGGGACGCUGCCUCAGUCCGGACGAACGAGUGGUGCUGAAGGGCCUGUGCCGGAUGGCCGUGCAGGGCGUGUGGGCCAGGAAGUUCGUGUUCUACAGCGAUGACCUGGGCAUUCACGGGCUGACGGAGCCGGAGCUCUCCGUGCUGUUUCACAAGUACAUCCUCCUGCGGGACAGCCAGGGGGAGCGGUGCUUCACGUUCCUGCACCCGAGCCUGCAGGAGUUCUACGCGGCCCUGUACUACGUGCUGGAAGGCCUGGAAGCCGAGUGGGAGCCCCAUGCUCUGUGCAUUGAGAAUUCCAAGAGCCUGAAGGAGCUCAAGCAGGUCAGCUUCAACGUCCACGUGCUGCAGAUGAAACGUUUCUUGUUUGGCUUCAUGAACAAAGAGGUGGUGCGGGCCCUGGAGGACCUGCUGGGGUGUCCCGUGGCCCUGGUGGUGAGGCGGGUGCUGCUCCAGUGGGUCUCCCUGUUGGGUCAGCAGGCCACCACCACCUCCCCGCUGGACUUCCUGGACUCCUUCUACUGUCUCUUCGAGACCCAAGACGAAGAGUUUGUCCGUUUGGCGUUGAGAAGCUUCCGGGAAGUGAGGCUGACGAUGAACCGGCCCAUGGACCUGAAGGUGUCCUCCUUCUGCCUCCAGCACUGCCAGCGCCUUCGGGAAAUUCAGAUGGACGUCAGGGAGAUCUUCCCCGAAGAUGAGGCCACCGAGGCGUGGCCCGUCGUUCCGCAAGGGCUGCAGACCAAGCCCCUGGUCAUCGAGUGGUGGGAGAACCUCUGCUCCGUGCUCAGCACCCACCCUAGCCUGCAACAGCUGGACCUCGCAGGCAGCAUCCUGAGCGAGUGGGCCAUGAGGACUCUGUGCGUCAAGCUGAGGCAGCCAACCUGCCAAAUCCAGAAGCUGAUAUUUAAAGGCACACAGAUCACCCUGGGUCUGCCUCAUCUCUGGAAGACGCUGAUCGUCAACCAUAACAUUAAACACCUGAACUUGGACAACAUUCACCUGCAAGAGGAAGACAUCGGGGUCGUGCAGGAAGCCUUAAAGCACCCCCACUGCUUGUUGGAGUCUUUGAGGUUGGAUCACUGCGGGUUAACCGACUCCUGCUGCCCACUCAUCUCCCAGAUCCUGUUGGCCUCCCACAACCUGAGGUCCCUGAGCCUCGCGGGGAACAAGGUCGCGGACCAGGGCGUGGCGUCCCUCUGCGAGGCCCUGAAGGUCUCCCAGUGCGCCCUGCACAGGCUGAUACUGGGGAACUGCGGCCUCACGGCGGCCGCCUGCCAGCACCUGUCCGAGGUCCUCACCAGCAGCCAGAGCCUGACGCACCUGGACCUGUCGACCAACCCACUGGGAAAGGAUGGCAUGACGCUGCUGUGUCGCAGCUUGAAGUGCUUCACCUGCGCUGUUCAGAGGCUGAUGCUCCGGGACUGCCACCUGGACGUUAUUGGCUGUGGCUUUCUCUCCCUCGGACUCAUGGGCAACCGCCAUCUGACCCACCUGAGCCUCAGCAUGAACCCCCUGGGGGACGACGGCGUGGACCUGCUGUGCGAGGUCCUGUUGGAAACCACCUUUCACCUCCAGGACCUGGAGCUAGUGAGAUGUGGCCUCACCGCCGCCUGCUGCAGGAAGCUGUCCCUGGUGAUCAUGACCAACACGCACCUGAAGAGCCUGGAUCUGGCGGCCAACGCCCUGGGGGACGACGGGGUGGCGGCCCUGUGCAUGGGCCUACGGCUGAAGACGGCCUCGCUGCAGAGACUCGGGUUGGAGGCGUGCGAACUGACGUCCGGCUGCUGCGAGGCCCUGGCCUCCGCGCUGCUCUGCAACCGCUACCUGCGCAGCCUGAACCUGCUGCGGAACAACCUCUGCCCCGAGGGCAUCCGGGAGCUGUGCCGCGCCUUCGGGCGCCCCACCUCCAAACUGCAGGUCAUCGGGCUGUGGAAAUGGCAGUACCCUGAUCCGGUCAUCAAGCUGCUGGACGAGGCUCAGCUCCGCAGGCCGCACAUGGUGAUCGACGGCCGCUGGUACGCCUCCGACGGAGAGGACGAAGGUGACCGGUACUGGUGGAGAAACUGA